CACUUAUUUAUGAAAUGUGCAUCUUUUAAUUAAGCGGUCAUCGUUCUUGAUCCAUAUUUAUUGUUGAAUGCCGACAUCAACGAAUUGUGGGGUCAUUUCAGAUACUUUAAACCCUCUCAAAUUUUAGGAAUGACAAUGGAACAGAAUCCCAAAUUUGAAGUUGUCAUGAAGAGUUUAAUUAAAGGCUGGAAAGGUUACGGAUAUAAUAGCGGAGUUAUUUUAAUGGACCUAGCCAAAUUACGCUCAUUACCGUGGAAUCAUUUGUGGAUGAGUGCUACUAAAUUUGUUAUGAAGACUGCGGGUUAUUUGUCAGCUGGUGAACAAGAUGUCAUAAAUUUAAUUACCUUAAGAAAUAAUGAGAUAUUUUACGAGAUACCUUGUGAAUGGAACAUACAGCUCAGUUCAGGCGUUGAUACACACAGAUGUCCUGUUAGUUGGCUGACUGAAAAUUUGCAACUAGACAACAAGGAUUUAAUAUAUGAAAAGCAGCCUAAACUUGUGCACAUAAACCAUCAAGUAAAACCAGAAGAUCUUGACUUGGAAAAUGCACUAAAUAUUGAUACCAAUUCAUCAAUGGUGAUUUAUAAUGCUAUUUUACUCUACAAGGUGUACCUUAAAGAAUAUUUUAAAUAUCGACAUCUUGAUCAAACAUGUUUUUACUGAACCUUAAAAAACGCACCACAUUUAAAAUGAAGCAUUUUCUGGUGUUUUGUUUUUUAAAAUUAUAUAUGUAUAUCCUUUG